AUUGUUUUUGUCUUUACACAAAAAACUACAUUACCCACAAACCAUCGCGUCGAACGUAACAGACCACAGACGUGAAGAUGGGGCUUGAAAGUACCAUGGUCUGUGUGGAUAAUAGUGAAUACAUGCGAAAUGGAGACUUCCUACCCACCAGGCUGCAGGCUCAGCAGGAUGCAGUUAAUAUUGUUUGUCACUCUAAGACCCGCAGCAACCCCGAAAACAACGUUGGCCUCAUCACCAUGGCAAACAACUGUGAAGUGCUGACCACACUGACUCCAGACACGGGGAGAAUACUAUCAAAGCUGCAUGCUGUGCAGCCUCGUGGCAACAUCUGCUUCUGCACUGGCAUCAGGGUGGCACAUUUGGCCUUGAAGCACAGACAGGGCAAAAACCACAAGAUGCGCAUUAUUGCAUUUGUUGGCAGCCCAGUGGAGGACAAUGAAAAAGAACUGGUCAAAAUGGCAAAGCGUCUGAAGAAAGAAAAAGUCAACGUGGAUAUCAUUAACUUUGGAGAGGAGGAGAUGAACACAGAAAAGCUGACGGCCUUCAUCAACACCCUGAAUGGUAAAGAAGGAGCAGGCUCCCACUUGGUCACAGUGCCUCCAGGCCCCAGUCUGGCUGAUGCCCUGCUCUCCUCGCCCAUCCUGGCUGGAGAGGGAGGUGCAGUGUUGGGUCUGGGUGCCAGUGACUUUGAGUUUGGAGUGGAUCCAAGUGCAGACCCAGAGCUAGCCUUGGCUCUGCGAGUAUCUAUGGAGGAGCAAAGACAACGACAGGAGGAUGAAGCUCGCAGAGCUGCUGUUGCAUCAGCUGCUGAAGCUGGCAUUUCCUCUCCUGCUGCAGAUGAGUCUGAGCAUGCCCUGUUGAAGAUGUCUGUUCCACAUACAGAGUCCUCAAAGCCUGCCUUACCCGACUUCAGCCGUAUGACAGAGGAUGAACAGAUUGCCUACGCUCUGCAGAUGUCCAUGCAGGGACCAGGAGCAGAGUUUGGUGCAGAGGACAUGGACACCGGAGCUGACACGACUUCCAGUGUGGCAAAGGAUGAUGAGGACUUCGAUGCAAUGCAGGAUCCAGAGUUCCUUCAGAGCGUCCUGGAAAACCUUCCUGGAGUUGACCCCGACAAUGAAGCCAUCCGUAAUGCAAUGGGCUCUCUGGCUUCCCAGACUGGCUCUAAAGCCGAUGCCAAGAAAGAUGAGGAGAAAAAGAAAUAAGAAUUGAAAAUAUGUCAAAUAAAAGACAUGAGAAUUGCACUGCAUGUGUUAUUCACAGCAAUGGUAUUACUCUCCUCAACACAGGAAAUGUUUUGUUCAUCUUUUGUUUAUGUAGAUGUGUAAAUGUAAACAUCUUUUGCCUCUUUUUUUUUUUUCUCAACUUUAGGUAAAAGACUUCUGAUGUCAGUUUUUUUGUGUCAACCAGAUGCUUUCGAAUCUUUUCUAAUAUAAGUACUCAGCAUCAUGGGCAGAUUACGACUCUUAAUAAAUUUACACAAUUCACGUGA